AUGGGUGUCGUCCUUCCCCCAUGGGAUGAGAUUGUAUCUGCGCAUUUGAGGUAACUAAACUCUAUACUCCUCUAUCUUUCCUAUCGCAGAUGUUUGUGGGCUCUUAGUAAGGGCGAUUUUGAGGAAGCCUGUGCUUGUCAAGUUAUUCUUGUAAAAUAUCCUUUCCGGCAUUAUUUGUCUAUGAAUUGCUUUGCUCACUAUCUUUACAAAUACUUAAUUUUCUCUCCGAUUUCUCUAUAUCCUCGGUUUUAUUAAUAAAACUGAGAGAUCGAAAUUGCGGAUCUUGUAACCUCUUACUGAACUACGGCGGCAAUUUUUGAGAACGACUGCUACUGGAGAUAACUGCAGUUUAUUUGCUCUUGCAUUUGCCAUCUCCCUUACGCUUGUAAUUAAGGUGUUUCUGGCCACGAAUACCUUCACCUCUUCUCCUCUCAAACUGAUAUACAGGGCUGAAUUUGCCAUCCACCGAUCUGUCAACCAAAGAAUCAGAUCUAAAAUGCCCUCUUUAGACACAAAAUAAGGGUAGUUUUGGACAACGUUACUGCAGAGAACCCGUGAAGGGCUCCUUUCUACGUGUAUCCCUUUAUCAGCCAGUUUUAAGGCAGAGAACGUAGAAUGUUUACCACGAGCAAUGUAUUUCAAGAACCCAUGUCCCUUCUAAGCUUUCGAGGAGAUUCGAUGUCAUCACGCAUCACUUCGAAAAUAGAAACUUUCAGUAGCGAGCCACAUAUGGGUUCUUUGCAUUUCUGCAUUCUCUGUACGAAUGAUGGGGGCCAUCAUCUGAAACCGAGUGUAGCGCAUGGUAUCAGGGCCUGCCUACUUACUUAGUUUUAAAUAUAUCAUCUAACAUGGGUGCCGCGUAGACUCAUCCAGCGUCCGCUGCAUCGCGAUCUUUUGCAGCUUCUAUCUUCAGAUCGCCAGCUGAAUCGUCUGACAAUUUACUUUCUACCGCCAGCCUCGAAGUUCGUUGACCUCGGAUCCCCUACACGUCUGAUCGAACCGCGUAUUAACGUUCAUAAGGUGUCGCGAUCGCCUAUCUGAAGCUUUAUCGGUUGUUCUACCUAAGAUGCGGCAUACACAGUAAUUGAUCAAACCGAUCAAAACUCAGAAAAUCCGCUCUCUUAUUGCUUUUGAAGGCCUUUUGCUGUGCAGCAGGUGUUCAUCCAAGAACAAUUCUGCGUACCACUCGAACUUCCAAAUACGUGCAUCAAUUCGUCCUGCAUUAUUCCUUAACAUUUUUAAACGGCUAUUGCAAAGAUAUUUUCUGAGGUAAAGGAAGAGAACUGGAUGCUUCCCGUCGUAUUGACGUCGGCUGUUGACCUUCGGACUUUUGCGACCGCGCUUGAUACAUCAACAACGGGCAAGGCAGAACCUAAGUCCACUUACGGUGGACAUAUGGAACGCGUAGCCCAACUUAUCAUGAAGUUAUUCCAGAUUUGUGCCGCAGAUAGGUAAUAAUUUUAUAAGAUAACAUAUUUAUAUCUGCCGUUCCUACCCUAAGUUAAGUACCACUUGAUUUUCUUUCUAGGUUGUACUUAUUUUACCUUAGUUGAACGGUCGCGAGUUGGUAGUAUUUUGUUGUCGGAAUUACUCUGUUCGCAUAGUUUUUCUUUUCACUGCGACACGCCCUUGUUAUCAAGUAAAAAUCUAGAGUGCAAGGAUGAAUAGUUUGGGUUUUAUUUUGAUUGAUGCUAAAGCAAUAAAAAGAUCACGGUUAUGAAAAUCUUCCGCACGAAAUAACUGAUUCAGUUCAUCGUGUGCAUAGGCGCGAAACGCAUCCACACCAGUAUUCACACCCUUUCUACCUGGCAAUUUCCUCAAAGCAUGUUUAAUAUUAGUACUUAUGAAGUAUAUUUCACUAGUCACCUUCUUAUACCCACUUUGUAUUUUAUUUUUAAAGCCGGACGGCUAUCGAAGACUCCAAAAAGAGGGGCAUGAUGGGUCUUGCCAAUCAGCUUUUCAAGAUUUAUUUCCAGGUACUGUCGACUUACUUACCCGAAUCUCGCGUCGCCUAAAUAGAUAAAUAAGCUGAACCUUUGUAAAUCAAUAAUCAGGGCUAUUGAGAACAUGAACAUGGAUCAACAUUUCAGCCUCGCUCAGCGGGUUACUUUUAACUACUAUGUCGGAAGAAAAGCCAUGUUUGAUGGAGAAUUUCAAUUAGGUGAGUUUUUCUGCAUGUAUCGGCCUUGAUGGAAUCCAAAUUGCUAUUACCUAACCUCCUUCAUUGCUCUUCCUAGUAGCUCAUACUGAUGGGGUUUUAACUGUUUCUACAGGACAUUCUUUGGGUCGAGGCAAUGUUUCAUUGCCAUAUCUUUUCUUAAUCCGUAUUAUGUUGAUUUCUUGCAGCCAAUACAGCCCUCACCUUCGCCUUUGAACGAUGUAUAUCUUCUUGUAAGCGAAACAAGCGAAUGGUGCUUAUUUAUCUUAUCCCCGUCCGAAUGCUUUUGGUACGUUGCCCUUCAGGACUUUCUGGACACAAUUUAUUUCUCCACUCUCCCUGUUUGGCGUAAGCCUCUCACCCGAAAUAAAUUAUUAGUUCUUUUUGUUGUUUGUGUUAUUGCGUCUGGCCAUCACUCCUACUCUACUAUCCACACUCGCAGACCGCCACAAUGACCAGCUUUGUCCGAGUAAUUCCUACCUUUGAAUUGUAUGCAUACGGUGGAUGUGCUAACCCAUGAAAUUUUAACCGAAAUUCUGAAAGGCGUUUUCGACUGAAAAAGAUUACUCGGGUUGUGUUGUCACAUGAAUCACCGUGUAGCGUAAUUCCAUGAUAAUUCAGUAACUUCAGGAUGUCGCCUUUUGAACGAACAUCCUCCCCACCCUGUAAAAAUGCCUACAUGAGUACCAUGAAUUUUUCUCUUUGAUCUUCGACGUCAUUAUAAAUCAAAUAUCUCAUAGCAAGCAUGCAUAAAGAUACUCGUUCUUUUACUGAUUUGGUACAAAAAUACAUCUUUAUAUUUUGUACUUGAAAGAAGGACAUAAAUCGGUUUAAAAAACUUUUCCAUUUUCCGAAUGAUUUUGAGGCUGACUUGCCGUCACACUUGCAUUCAAGGUUUCUUAACCGCAAUUUGUAUAUUUUCCGUGUACGGGAGACCGUAUAUGGCGUUCAUAAAAUUUAGCAGCGGAUCUUAGCCAUAUUGUAAACUAUACAAGCAACAUUAGUAAAUGCAGAGACACGAUAUUUUAUGAGCGGACGUUUCGCGGUGUUAAAAAUCUCCUAGUAAGAAACUUUUAAAAUUCGACCUAUACCCUUCAAAUAUAAAAUCUAACGAAGAUAUAAUUCUCUACCAAAUCAGUGAAAAAAAUAAAUAUUUUUUAUGCAUGUUUUCUAUGAGAUAUACUUGAAUUUAUUAGGGCAUCGAUAAUCAAUGAGAAAAAUUCGUGCUAUUUAAGUAGUCAUUUUUUUACAGAAUGUGGUUUUUGCAGGCGGUCGGAAGGAAGUUCUUUCAAAAGCCGUCAUCAUGAAGUAACUGAUUUAAUGUGGGAUUAUUCUGCGCGGUGAUUGAUAUUACAACCAUAUUUAAGUAAACUUUUUGAGUCGAAAACGCAUUAUAAAAACUUCAAUUAGGAUUUCAUGAGUUAGCACAUCUACUGCGGGUCUAGAUUUCCCUGGGCUCUCCGUUUGCAAAAUAUUUCCUGCAGCUUGCGUCUCUUUCGAAACUCCUUCUUUGCGGCGGUUGUCAGCCAUUUUGGUCUGCCUCUGGUCUAAAAUAUUUCUUGAGGUGGCAGUGCCAUUCAGUGAAGUUAAUCCUUGAGUUAUCGACCAUUCGUUGACAUCUCCUCGUAAAACAUCCACCCACAGUGUGUGUCUGAUCCCCCCCCCCCUCCAGAUAUGUUUUGACGACUUUGAGCCUCGUUUUGGUGCGACUGGAAGUGUUUAUUCCUCCAUUACUCUUAUUGACGUUUUCCCCCCAACUCUGCUCUAGGGCAUCUUUCCCCAGCAGAAGCUUCUGGAGAAAUAUAAUCUGAGGGAGUUUGAGGGAAUCGCGGAGGCUGCGAAGUACGUUCCCAUCCCUACCGUUCCAACAUCCCACGCUUUUCCAGAUCAGGCAACAUAAGAAGGCUCAAUGAGGACCUCAGUCGUUACGAGGACUUCUUCAUAUCCUGUGGUGUCUUCCUUAUUUUGGAGAAAUUGAAGGUGAUAGCCUACCGGAACCUCUUCAAGCGGAUGUAGGUGCUUACGGGGUUUUCGGAUGUCUAACCCUUUCUCUUCCAGUGCCAAUAUCCUGAAAACACACUUGCUACCAAUUGCCGCAUUUACGGAUGCACUUAAAUUUAUGGGGGUGAGUAACUUUGGCCAGUGCAACCUCAUUUCUUGAUUGUGUGACCUGUGUGGGUGCUCUUCAAAGUUAGCUGUCUGGAUGUUUUUUCUCUCUAACAGAUGGUUCUGGUCAUGGCGGCAGCUGAGACAGUCCAGAGAGACUGAAGCAACCAUUUUUCGUUUUUUCUUCACUGUCAGCCAGCCUGAGACGACCCCGAGCCCUGAACGCAGGCUCAGCUGGUCAUUGAGCGGCGUAUCACCUUGCUACUCACACCAUGGCCUGCUGUUCAGUCGGCUGUUUACUGCAGUUUCGACAAUGCCUUUGUCGGCAUUGCGACCCCCUACCAGAUCUCUAGCUCCGAGCCCCAGGCCUGAGAGAGUCAGACUACAAUAAUUGCCGAUACAGGUGAAGAUGUCGCGUGUGGCCCGUGCUGACAGACUGUUUAGCCUUGUCAGGCAACGCCCCCUGCUCACCGGUCGUCUUGAUGUUGUCUUGCCAACGUCGUCACGUGAGUGAGUGGGGAGACGGUGCGGUAGGUGCCGCGCAAGCCCACUCCGUUGCGGUGGACGUCGUCACCAACCACAUUUUAACCGUUAGGGCGUUGCCUCGCAAUCAGGAUAAAUCAGUAAACGCCACCCCAGUUUGUUCGCGUAUUCCUGACAGGCCUUGAACUUGUGGCUGAAGCACUAGAGCUUUCGGGCCAAUGAUCACCUGUUCAAACUGCAGAAUUUUGCCGUUUUUAUGCUUAACUUAUGCAUCGUUUAUCCCAUUGGCUGUGCAGUGACUGCACCAGAGAACUGUAGGCCAAAGUUCUGCACACUCUUACCGUAGGUGGGCUAACUCAUGAAAUGUCAACCGAAAUUUCGAACUGCGUUCUCGUUUCGAAAAGAUUAAUUAAGUAGGGUUUUAAAACUAAUAAUCAUGCAGCAUAGUUCUAUAGGGAUCCAGUUACCUCAAGAUGUCGGCUUUCGAAUAAACUUAUUUCCAACUGAAUUCAACAACAAUACUCUGCAAAAAAUGACUACUUAGGUAUCAGGCAAUUUUCCCACUGAUUUUCGAUGCCCUUGAAAAUUCAAUUAUAUUUCAUGGAAAACAUGCAUAAAAAUAUUCAUUCUUUUACUUAUUCGGUAGAAAAUCACGUCUUAUUUCAAUCUUGUACUCAGAGGAAGGGUAUAAUUCGGUUUCAAAAGUUUAAUUUUGAAAUUUUUUAAUACCGUGAGAUGGCCGUUCCUAAAUCGUCAUGUGUGUGCAUUUACGAAUGUGGCUUGCAAAGUUAACAAUAUUGCUCAAAUCCACUGCUCAAUCUUAUGAAACCCAUGUGGUUUCCUCUUAAUACCGUAGAGAAAUGUGUGGUUUUCCGGAAAAUAUGCGGUUCGUAGUUUUGAAACCCUGAAUGCAAGUGUAACAGCGGGUCGGGUUUAAAAUUAUUCGGGAAUUCGAAAAGUUUCUUAAAACCGAAUUGUACUCUUCUUUCGAGUAUAAAAUCGAAAGAAGACGCGAUUUUCUACCGAAUAAGUAAAAUAAUGAAUAUUUUAAUGCAUGCUUUCCAUGAACUGUAAUUGAAUUUUCAAGGGCAUCGAAAAUCGAUGAGAAAAUUGCGUGCUACUUAAUCCGUCAUUUUUUGCAGAGUAUAGUUCUUGCAUGCCGUCGGAAAUAAGUUCGUUCGAAAGCCGACACCCUGAGGUAACAGGAUUAUUAUAGAAUUAUGCUGCAUGAUGAUUAGUUUUAGAACCGUACUUAAUUAACCUUUUCGAAACGAGAAAGCAUUUCGAAAUUUCGUUUGACAUUUCAUGGGUUAGCCCACCUACUGUACUUGCCCUUAAUGAGAAUGAAGUGGCAGGAGAUUAUUUAUUUGCGUGUCUGCCCUUUUAUCAGUUACUCACGCCCCUUUUGCCGUUUUAAUGCUCUUCAGAUGGAGGACGUCGAUUCUGACGAGACGAGCUGUAUCCUCGCUAACCUGAUAUACGACGUAAGCCGAAUUUCCAGUUUAUAUUUACGGAGUGACCCUCUGGUACAGCACAUAAUUCCGGAUUUUGCACUCUAUCGCGCGUGCGCUGUCAAUCAAUGCAUGUGCGUGUGUUGCCCAUGCCCCUACAGCGCGCGCGUUUGAUAAGGAUGCGCACCAGUUACAGAUGCCACACAUGAGGACCGUCCUGGCACGCCUCGGCGCGGGCUCGCGCCACGCCGGCCAUAUGCGCCCAAUCGCUGCAUUAGACAACGGACUGGUUCAAACAGCUGACUGGUGCGUGGGCGAGGCAGGAGGGAGUGAGAUCGACUCUGGGGACUCCGUCUCUAUUUCAUCCAGCGCUCAUUCUUCGCCAUAGCCAACCUGAUGCAGUGUUAAGCUGUCACUAUGCGCUAAGAGCCGCGGUUUGAACGGCUACCAACUGACGGGCCACAAUGGCUCCUUCUUAAUAUGACCUCUAUGACACACCGACUUAAGUGGGCUCUGAUCAGCCGCUUUGCCUCUGUAAAAACCUUGGUCAUCGUACACGUACCGGGCGUGUGUGUGGCACGCGCAGACGGGCUGUUUAACUUAGCUGACAUCGCAGUUCGUAGCCAGACAUACGUUGCUAAUGUCGACGUACUCACUUGUAAUCAGUAGGUGUGUUUAUCUUGUCUAGGGAAGUUGUUAUCAGUAGGUGUGCUUCCACUCAGUUAGGCAGGUCGCCCGCUUCGGUCAGGCUGUUGGGUUUAGUGAGGGUUAGGGUUAGGCGUAGGUUAAGUUUUAGGAUUAGAGUUUGCGUUUUAGGGUCAGGUUUUAAUGUUAGGGUGAGGGUUUAGGCUAAUAAUUAGGGUUUGGCCUUAGGGUUGGGGUUUGGCCAUAGGGUUAGGGUUUUUUGGGUUAGGGUUAGAACAUUUGGCUUAGGUUUUAGGAUUAAGGUUAGGAUUAGGCUUCCUGGUUAGGAUUACGAUUUCCGGGUCAGGGUUGAGACUUCAGGGUUAGGUUUCCGGGUUAUGAUUAGGGUUUACUAUUAGGUGCUCAACGAUUACGAUUAGGGCGCUCAGCCACUGCGCCCGGCCCUGCCUCUGAUUUUUUGAUUCGGACUCGGAUGGGUGAGGGAAGGGAGAGUACGGUAGAUACUUCACAAGUCUACCACCACUGGUAGGGGGCCCUCACCGAUCGUUCUUACGGAACUCGUUCCGUUGUGCCAACCAGCAGCCGCACAGCGGCGCAUGAUAUAGGCAGUAUGUUAUUACCGACAUACAGGCCCCUGGCCCAGUGGUUAGAGGCGUUGGACUUCUAACUAACAGGUCGCGAGUUCGAGCCCCAGGUGUUCCACACCUCGGGGUCGGGUAUGACUGGCUGACGACGGAUAAUAAGCCAGAAAUGACCAUUCCAGUCUCCCUUGUCUUUGUCGGUAAUAACUACCAAGUGGUUCACGUCCAAGUCACUGUCCCUGCGCCCAACAUGCUGUGAAACACAGGCUGGACAUCAUCAUUCGCGAUGGUCGAGCAGUCUUGUUUGGCCCAUACGUCCCCACGACGCAUAGCACUGUAACGCAGACCUAAGCAAUAGUUUGCCUUUUACAGCGUUUUCGCUAAGACGACUUAUGAAACAGACUUAAAGUUAGAGGGAGAGUAGACAAAGGCCAGGGCAACUGGAAUAGCCGUCAAUGGCCUUUUGGGUGUCGUGGGCCAACCAUGCCCCAUGUCGCAGACCUGGGCUAGCUGGGCUCAAACCCUAACUUUCUCCAUUGAGCGGACAGUUUGGGAGAGCUCAACCCCACCUGCUCAGAAGUGAAACUGGGCAAAAUUCGGGACUGAUUUGGACUAUCCUCGAACGGCCGGGCCACACCGCAUUUAUUUUCCUCGCCUCCGCCACACGCCAUCUUAUGCCGCAUCAGUGUGUUUUCCGGCAUGUUGUGGAUCUGUUAUGGCUCGGCUACGAACUCAGUAAUGGCUCGAACCGACUGCGCAUUCGACUGCUGUCCCAGCCACCAACAGGGCACCCAAAACAGAACAAGACUGACCACAAGAAUAAUCCAUUUACCUGCAAGUCGCCCUUCUUGGAAAAGUAGCGCGCAUUUAUAACAGCCUACUGUGGUUGGCCAGCAUUUUGCCCAAUGCGAUUCAAGAAGAAGAUUCGCGACAUACGCUGAGCAACUUCCUGCAGACACGGGCCAAUCAGGUCCUACGGUAGCCGCCCAAUGGCGAGACUGUCAGCAUCCUAAUAGCAUGCUGGGGAAUGCGCACGUGUGAUUUCCAGUGAGAAUGACUGGCUCAUGUUUUUGAGGAUGAAGGCAGGGGUGUUGAGUCAAUUGACGUCUGCACGGAUUCACCACUGUUGUUCCGACGUUUUUAUUGACAACGGAGUCGAUUCGGCCAACAAGCGAGAUCACAUAACAAGAUACGUGACCAUGAUUUUUUUCAGUCGUUUCUUCUCGAAAAUAGACUUUUGAGUAACUGUUAACCACCUUUUUUACCGUAUGAUCUGACAUUGCAUUCCUCCUUGUUAAAUUAUGUGGGCUAGUUUACUGAUUGCCGAAACUCACUUUCGAAACUACGUAGGAGUGGCCUCAGCCCAUCACGUCUGCAUUCAGGACAUGGUGGUAGCACUCCAUCUUCCUACGGCUCUUCUACAGAGCUCUCAAAGACGGUUUUGCGACAACGAAUAGUUAGUAAUACAGUGAUUUCUCGACAACAAAGAGGAGGCCUGAAAGGGACGUUUCCUUAGCGCGCCCUCUACUCUGAAGGUGAACCAGGUGUAGGAGUCCCGUUCGUGUCUUUGGAUACCUAGAAUCGCGACCCACUCAAAUAGUAUAGUAUUACAUUCAGUAACCAGCAAAACUCGGGUUCGGAUCUAAGGUCUUUCUAUGCAGGUUUUAGGUUCCGAAUAUGAUAUAUGCCUUGAUUUUCUUGAAUAUUUUUACCUUAUUAUCAUGAGACGGAAAGCUGUUUCGAUGACCGGCUAUUAUGUGAUUUUCAAAGUGCAGAAAGGACGUGGCGUUUGCGUUUGACGAAGAACUAACGAAAGAAUUUCAAGAUGCUGAUUUCAUAACCUUCCAACGGAGGGUUUCUUGAUUAUUCAAUAUCAUCAAUUUUCCAGUUCCGGAAGUCAUUCGCCUCCUGUAAACUGCCCUUCCCCCAGUCGAGGACCUUUAUUCUUACUCCAACGGGACACGACUCGUAAUAGUCCGAAAUGGCCGCUUUCAGGGCUUUUGUCAGUGUACAUGAAACAUCGGCCUGGUCGGUCACUUACGAAUCCAUUGCACAGAGAUUGGCGAACCAGUACCUGGAGCACUCACAUACACCAGACGCAUUCGCCUCAACUGCCCUCAUUGCACCUGCACGUUUACCCGCCGCAUGGGCCUAUUGGGCUACAUGCGCAUUCACGAAAACCUGCGGUAGACAACCGUCAGCUAAAUUACACUACAUAUUCCUCCACCUACAUCACGCAACAUCAUCAUCCACCGCAAGCAUCCAAUUGUCACUUCCCACGCAAGUGGAAGUGUGCGCCUCGUCGCCACCUCUAUGCGACUCCUACUCCAUGUGUGAUUCGAGUCUGAAGCUAUCACGGCACGUAAAGUGCUAUGGCUUGGAAGGCUGCACACUGUCGCCCCAACUGUGUCCACACAGUCUGGCCAGUCGCCUGUAUGUGUGGAGUGGCGGACUGAUGAGCUGAGAGCCAGACUAAAGCGGCAUGUGAGAUGUACGUCGUUCAACCCCCGUUGUGUGAAAUCCUGGUACUUGUGUUUGGGGGGUCAGGUCAUGGCGCGCGCAGCCACCGCGCCCAUCCUUCGCAUCAGUCAACUGACCGGCUCCGACAGUGGCUGGGGCCCCGGAAUGGGAAGGGAGAGCGAGGUCGACGGCUCAGCGCAUUUUCCGCACUAUAAACAAUCUGACGCAAUCUAAGUUAUCACGGUGCGCCAAAAGCCGUGGCUUGGAAGGUCGCCAACUGACGGGAUUACUUAGACCUCGGAGUCGGCAGUUGUGUGUUUGCGUGGAGCGGCCGGCUGGUGGUCUAAGAGCCAGGCUACAAUGGCUCCUUAAUGUGGCCUUUAUGACUCUCCCACUUCGUGGGAUUCGAGCCGGGUGUGGCGGCACGCCUAGGAGCGUCUUUGGCCGCGUCAGCCUCCAUUAUUUUGCUGUUGGUUAGAAUCCUGGUCAGUUAGUGUGCGGACCAGAAGUGUGGAGUGGAACGCCAGGUUGCGGGCUCGACAGCGCCGUCCACUUGCGCACUUCCCGACCUCCGGUCCUCUUGACUCUGUCUUGACUUCGGAUCCAGGUGGGGAGGACGAUGGAGAGCUGUAUUUGUUACUAAUGUCUACAUGCAUUUCGAAAUUUAUCACGCGCAAGUCACCGUGACUGCUUGACCUUGUUGGCUGACAUCUACACUCUUUGCUUAAUAGGGCCACCUCGUCUUUCUAGUAAACGCCAUCUCCUAGACCGCGAACAUUAUCGUUCUAGACACACACACUAUUUUCACCACUAGAGGCAAAACGCGGGCUUAAGAUAGGCGCAAGAUGGGACAGUCUCCAGGAUCAGUUUUCUCUGCCUGAACUUAUGGGCCAAAUCAGGAUCUUAUCAUCCGAGAAGCAGGAGGACAAGGAAUGAGUGUCAACUGCUUGCGUUCCUGCUUUCGGGUCUAAAGCUAACCACAAUUCUGGGACUCGGCAAGUCGACCUGCCUCCCGCUUAUCACUAACGGUGGUUCCUCAGGCAGAUUUUUGCCUCUGAUUUCGACUAAAGGCACGUCCGGCUGACACGCUGGGCGGCACUAUGAAUGCUGUUGUUGACACAAGUCCGAAAUUUUGGGCAGGUAAAGGGGAUGCUCCGAGUGGUCAAGAAAUGUCGCCGACUAAAAAGAAGGUAGGCCACACGAAAUGCUUCACGAUUAUCUAUUACUCGUUGCGAUGCCACCGGCUACGAGUGCCUUCGGUUAGUGGUGCAAAGCAAAGCGGACUCAUUUCUUCCUAAAACCGGGAUACAUCGAUGAAUGUUACGCCAGUCUGGUAUGUCAUUUUUACACGGAUUUUCAUUAGCGAGUGUCUUUCAGACGUUUACGAUACUCGACUUACCUACUAGCUACUUUCCAGUAGUGGUUUUACAUUGACUUGUUUUUACGACCAAUAACCCAUUGACCAGCUGUUUGUUCGUGCCUUUUCAGGGGAAAAUCAAGGGCUAUUUGGCCCACCAACAGCAGAAGUUAGUGGUGAGCAAAGUGCAAGCUUUCCCUCCCCUGUAAAUAUCCUCGUUCCAUCACCACCCGCCUAUCGGUCUGUACAGCUCUGAUAUUUGUUUCCUAGUAA